AAGGGGUUGCUGGUGAUUUGCCCUCGGCUGCUAUCGUUCUCAGUACUUGCGCGAACGUUGACGCGAUCGGACGUACAAGUUACUAUAUCGUCCGUGAUAUUCGAUCAAAAAAAAAGAAAAUAUGCAAGAGACACGAAGAGAUAAUAGUAACGAAAUGUUCGAUGAUAGAAAAUAAAGAUUUAUUGCAUUUAUAAGCAAGCAUUCGCUGUGAAAGUUCCUUCUCUUUCUAACAAGAAAAAAAUAUUCGAAGUAUUCUCUUUAAACGUCGAAGUGAAUUUUAACGUUCUUUUAUCGCUAUGUCUCGAAUUUUCUUCGACGAUCGAUCGUGAAAAUAUAGAUUAGAUUCACCUUGCGUCAUUGUUUCUUUUUUUUUUUCUUUUUUUUUUUUUUUUCUUUUUUUCUUUCUUUUUUCUUUUUUCUUGUUAAGGGUGGCAGGAAUUAGAUGGGUAUUAUAAUCGUACGACGAGUUACCGCAUUACCCUGACAUUGGACGGUUUCUUUUCUUUUACUGCAGUGUGACACAACAUCUUAUGCACGAGUAUUAUAAGUGUUAAGAAUCUAUAGAAUUCCUGUGUCUUUUUUUUUUUUCUUUUUUUUCUUUUUUUUUUUUUUACCGAUAAUCAUAUAUUGUGACGUAUACGGUAAACGUAACAAAUGUUUGAUAGAUCGCAUUCAAUGAUCGAUCGCACGUGGUUAAUCGAGAACCAAGUACGAUUUAAAUUAUCAAAGGGAACAGUGAUGUUAUAGCAACAGGUACUACUUUCAUUAUCAUGUUUGAUUUUUCGCGUUAAUUAGAAAGCACUAAUAUUUACAAAUACAAAAUUCAAAUGUGUACAUUUGCCAUUGUUAAUUCUUUACGGCGAAGGUUCCUUUUCUGUCAAUCAUAUUCCACCGUGCUUAUUUUAUACUAUACAACGAGAUGUCAUUAUGUGGUAGUUACGUUUACAUAAGUUAGAGCACAACUAACGUACACAUACACACGCGCACGCGUACACAAAAUAAGUGAAGGAUAACAUAUGACUGAUAGGGAAACUUGGCCGCAUGGAGAAGAAACUCCCCACUACACGCUAUUUAUAACUGCAGGUGUACUUACAUACGUUUGGAUGCACUAAAUACUUCAGUAGAUUAUCUAAAAUCAUGGAUUAUUAAAUUCGUUGAAUAUGCAAUUAUAAUAAAUCAUACAAAACAAUAAGAAAGUUUCUCUAAACGCUAUAACAGUGUAGUUAUAAGAAAAAGGACUUUCGAAGCAUUAUUAGUAAUUAAAUCGUAUAAAAAUUUUUGUAUUUAACAUAAAUAAAAUAGAUCCAUUUGUAAAAAAUCUUUGUGUUAAAAAAAAGUUUGUGCGUCUUCGAGGACGCGCUUGAAACACGAAAAAUCGUAAAUAAAAAUAGGAAUACGUAACAUGUUUGCUGGUGCAAACGAAUCAAAAAGAUGGCUACGGGAUAAUACCAUACUUCUGAGAGCCGCAAAGGAUCUCGAAGAGCGACGCAGUCAUUAUGAACCGUCGAUUGGUCCUGGAGUACCUGACUACGUUGAUGAUCCCUCGUUUAAUUUCGAGGAAAAUGAUUUUGUGCCACAUUUUCAACGAGUUUCAAUAUCCGGAGAAGAUACAUCGGGGGUACCUUUGGAAGAUCUUCAACAGGCAUCGCAAAUGCUCGUUCAAGCCUUGGUGAUACGAGAAAAGUAUAUGAAUAAUUCUAAACAAAGUUUUCCUUCUAUUACGACCAAAUUUUUACGUAGCAUCGAUAAAAGACCUGUUACUUCGAAUGAUGAAGUUCAACAUGAUGAUCGUAAAGCUAUCGCAGAUCAUCCAGUACACGCACCUGCAUCACGUGGAGAUCCUUGGGAAUGCAAAUUCCCACCAGCAAAAAAUUAUACAAUUUUACCCAUAAACGGUGUUUUCAAUGUUUUCGCCAAUGAAGAGGACGCGAAAAAUGGAGAACCACUUCCAUAUUCCUAUCCAGAUUUAGCAGCCUUUGUUAGGGACAUGAAUCUUCUUUGUACCAUGAUCGCCGACGGUCCUUUAAAAUCUUUUUGCUAUAGAAGAUUGAGUUAUCUCUCAUCCAAGUACCAGUUGCACGUUUUGUUGAAUGAACUUAGAGAGUUGGCUAGUCAGAAAGCUGUUCCACAUAGAGACUUUUAUAAUAUAAGAAAGGUCGAUACACAUAUUCAUGCGGCUUCCUGUAUGAAUCAAAAACAUCUUCUUAGAUUUAUAAAGAAAACAUUAAAGAAUCAUGCGGAUGAAAUUGUUACGUGUUCGAAAAAUGGUGAGACUAUGACAUUGAGCGAAGUAUUCCAAUCAAUGAAUUUAACAACAUACGAUUUAAGCGUAGAUAUGCUAGACGUACAUGCUGAUAGAAACACAUUUCAUAGGUUCGAUAAAUUCAAUGCUAAAUAUAAUCCUAUUGGUGAAAGCAGACUUCGUGAAGUUUUUCUUAAAACUGAUAAUUAUCUUAAUGGUAAAUUUUUUGCAAGUAUAAUUAAAGAAGUGGCAAGCGAUCUUGAAGAAUCGAAAUAUCAAAAUGCAGAAUUACGACUGUCCAUUUAUGGAAAAAAUCCUGAAGAGUGGGAUAAACUAGCUAAAUGGGCGAUACAGAGCGAUGUUUAUUCGGACAAUGUGCGCUGGCUCAUUCAAAUUCCAAGACUUUACGACAUCUUCAAGCUAAAUAAGCUUAUGACCAACUUCCAAGAGAUUUUAAAUAAUAUCUUUUUACCUCUUUUUGAAGUAACUAAUGAUCCACAUUCACAUCCUGAAUUACAUAAGUUUCUACAAUAUGUGAUAGGUUUUGAUUCUGUAGAUGAUGAAAGUAAGCCUGAAAAUCCAUUAUUUGACAAAGAUGUUAGCCCCCCAGAAGAAUGGGAUGACAUUGAAAAUCCUCCAUACGCAUAUUACCAGUAUUAUACUUAUGCAAACAUGACAGUGUUGAAUCACUUUAGAGCGGAGCAAGGUUUAAAUACUUUCGUUCUUCGCCCUCAUUGUGGAGAAGCUGGACCAAUUCAACAUCUUGUUUGUGGUUAUAUGAUGGCAGAAAAUAUUUCUCAUGGCCUCUUGCUAAGAAAAGUUCCCGUACUCCAGUAUUUGUAUUAUUUGGCACAAAUUGGCAUUGCCAUGUCUCCUUUAAGUAACAAUUCUCUUUUUUUAAAUUAUCAUCGUAAUCCUCUUCCAGAAUACCUUGCAAGAGGAUUGUGUGUAAGUCUUUCAACAGAUGAUCCUCUACAAUUUCACUUCACGAAAGAGCCUUUAAUGGAGGAAUAUAGUAUUGCAGCACAAGUAUGGAAGCUCAGUUCAUGUGAUAUGUGUGAAUUAGCCCGUAAUUCAGUUCUUAUGAGUGGUUUCCCACACAAGAGUAAACAAUAUUGGCUUGGCCCAAAUUAUACAAAAGAAGGUGUUGCUGGUAAUGAUAUUACUAGGACCAACGUACCGGAUAUACGAGUGGCAUACAGAUAUGAAACUCUGGUCGACGAAUUAUGUAAUAUUUGUAAAGUCGUAGAAAAACCAGAAUCUAUACUAUUUUAACUUUGGUUAACUUUGCAAAAUGUAUUAUAACAAUACAACAUUUUUCCUGCAAUGAAUUAUUUCAAAUAUGGACAAAAUUAUAAUGGAACAGGUAAGUUUGUGAUUCCUAUAAUAGAAUUAAUUAUUUUGAUUUCUCUUACAAUCUUUAUUCAGCAUUUGUAUAUGAUAUAUUUUAUAGGCAGACUAUCUUCUAUCUAAAUUAAUAUAAAACAAUAUUUCUGGUUAUUAUAUUUAUUAAUUCAAACGAAAAAAAUUCAACUAUCAUAUUAUAAUAUUUCUCAAAGUAUCUGUUAAACUGAAUCUGACAAUACCUUUUAUAUACCUUUUGGUAUCAAAUAUUAUAUUUUUAUUUAUGACACAUAUUUCCACUAUUAUGUAUAAGUAAACAAACUAAUUAUAAUGAUCUUAUAUAGAAAUGUAUUUUGCAAUAUCUUUGAAGUCUUUUUGCUCAGAAAAGACUUUGAAAUCCUAUCACAAAGAGCAAAAGUAAUGGAAUGAAAUCUUAGAUCUAUGUGUGUUGACCAAUUUAAAAUUAGUUAUUCAGAAAUAUUCUUAUUUUCUUAA